AAGUCGAUUCUAAAAUGUGAACGCCAAAGGCUGACGAAAAGAAAAAUAAAACCAAACCAAACAGUCCUCAAACUACAAAAGGCUAACAAAUACAAAAACAAAAACAAAUCCAAACCCUCCUCUACCCUCUUACUCUCUUCUUUCUGUGUCUCAUACACAAACAAAACUUGCCAUUUCAAUCCAAAGUCUCUCUUUUUGAUUUCCAUUUUCUCUUCAGACGGGUAAGCUUUCUAUCUAGAUCCUUUGCCCUGUCUCGUCUUUCUUCUGAUUCUGUCCUCUCCUCACCUUAUUGGUGCUAUUUGCUAAGUGGGUUUUGCAGUUUUUCUUGCUUGAUAAGUUGUGUCUUAAAUUUUGGAUAAAAAGGGAUAGCUAACUUAAAAUAAGGGAGCAACAAUAGCUAUGGCAAAUAAUGCGGCUUCUUGUGCCGACAGGGCCACAAGUGACAUGUUGAUUGGUCCAGACUGGGCUAUAAACAUUGAGCUUUGUGAUAUCAUCAACAUGGAUCCUGGGCAAGCAAAGGAUGCCUUCAAAGUACUCAAGAAGCGACUAGGAAGCAAAAAUCCUAAGAUACAACUUCUUGCUCUUUUUGCAUUGGAGACUGUCAGCAAAAAUUGUGGUGAGAAUAUAUUUCAGCAGAUCAUUGACCGAGACAUCCUGCAUGAUAUGGUUAAAAUAGUGAAGAAGAAGCCAGAUUUGAAUGUGAGAGAAAAGAUACUUAUCUUGAUAGACACAUGGCAAGAAGCCUUUGGGGGACCAAGGGGAAGGUAUCCCCAGUACCAUGCUGCAUAUAAUGAACUAAGGGCUGCCGGAGUUGAGUUUCCACCCCGAGUGGAGAACAGUGUGCCGCUUUUUACUCCUCCCCAAACACAGCCAAUAGUUAGUGCACCUUCAGCAUAUGAAGAUGCUGCUAUCCAGGCCUCUCUGCAAUCUGAUGCUUCAGCUCUCAGCUUGCCAGAGAUUCAAAAUGCUCAGGGACUAGCAGAUGUGUUAACCGAAAUCCUUGGUGCCUUGGAUCCUAAGAACCCUGAGGGUGUAAAAGAAGAGAUGAUUGUUGACCUUGUUGACCAGUGCCGUUCUUACCAAAAGCGCGUCAUGCUUCUUGUGAAUAGCACAGCAGAUGAAGGUCUUCUGUGUCAGGGAUUGGCAUUGAAUGAUAACUUGCAGCGUGUACUUCGUCGGCAUGAUGAUAUCGUGAAAGGUAUCCCUACCGCAGCAGAAAGGGAAGCUGACACACCAGUUGUGCCACUUGUUGUUAUUAACCAUGAUGAAGAUGAGACAGAAGAUGACUUUGCCCAGCUGGCUCAUAGGUCAUCAAGAGAAAAUUCACAAGGACGUGCCAAGAAACCAGUCAGUGUUAGGACUGAACCAUCGCGACUGAGCCCUCUUCUUCCUCCUCCUCCUGCAUCAAAGAAGCCAGUCAGCACAGACUCUGGCACGAUUGAUUAUCUCAGUGGUGAUGUCUACAAGUCUUCUCAGAAUUCGGAGCCCACAUCCAAUACUGUUCCUCUUCAUUUCAGCACAAACUUCUCACCUCCACAUUCUCCAACUUUGUCUGCCUCAUCUCCUCCUUCUCAUGCUGUAAAUUCCUCACCUUUGUUCUCUGGGCAGCAGUUAUACGAUGAACCAGUUCCAUUAAGCAAAUCUGCUGAUCAGCUACCUCCAGCACCUUGGGAUACACCUUCUCGUGGAUUUCUUCCACCCCCUCCUUCCAGGUAUAAUCAGAGACAGCAAUUCUUUGAGGAACAUCAUGGACCUAUUGGCAGUGCAACUAAUUCAAGUAGUGGUUCUGGUUCCUCUUAUGAUAGCUUAGUUGGACAAACCCAGAAUAUGUCGCUUAAUUCAUCUACCUCCACCAAACAAGCAAAACCUGAAGACGCUCUCUUCAAAGAUCUGGUUGAUUUUGCAAAAGCCAAGUCGUCUUCAUCGUCCAAACCCAAUAGAUCAUUUUAGUCAGUAUAGUUUAUGUGUUGGUACAGCUUAUGGAUACUCCGAGAUUAUCAGGUUUUGCAUCAGACCAUGAGAUUGAUUGCCAGUUAAUAAAUGUCGGUUUAAACUUUUGAGUUAUGGCUUGUCUAUGCUGUGGCAGAAGUUUAUGUUCAUAUGAACUGCGUAUUGAAUUUAUUCGUACAUAUUUCUUAAGAAUGUGAUUGUGUAAUAUAUUGCUGUGCUAGAAUGAAUUCCCAUUCGUUGCUUUGUUUU